AGCCAUGCCUUAGAAGAGUUUCUCACUUGAAACUGACUCCAAAAGGUUGCUUUUCCAGUUUUAACAUUUCAAGCUUCAAAGCAUAAAAUUUCUGACCAUGCCUUGGAAGAGUUUCUCACUUGAAAAUGGCUCCGAAAGGUUGCUUUUCCAGUUUUAACAUUUCCAGCUUCAAAGCAUCAAAUUUCUGAUUUCUAAUUCUAAUCAUAGACAACUUUUGUUUUAUCAAAAUGGUUUUUAGUCUUGGGGCUGGCAAAAGAAAUAUAUAUCCACAUGAAUAACACUUUCUUUUUUCUUUUGGUUGCGGAAACACCUAUACUUGCUAUUUUUGAAAACAUUUAUGUGUUGAUAAAUUUUACCUAUCAAAUUUUCAAUCCUACAGGAUCCGGUUAAUGGUCUUGAGGCUGACCGAAGCAAAACCCAAUUGGCUCCCAUGCCUAUAUAUCAAUUGCCAACGCAUGGUGGUUCUAACAGCUAAAUAUAGCUAAACCCUGAAGGCCAUACAGUUCAACUCCAGAAAGAAAAUGGCGUCAUCGGAGAAUUUUGACUAUAGCUUGCCCAUUCGUAUUUUAUACUAAAAAAUUUUGAAAGGAAUAUAAAAGUGCAUUUCUAUAAUAAAGAGUCUCAGUGCUGAGAGCAUAUAAUGAAAAUUAAUUAAGUUAAUAAAAUUUAAAUACUUCAUUUAUAAAAUUUAAAUUUAAAUUUAAUUGUCAACAAUCUUCUUUCAUGAGCUAUUUCAAUGUAAUUUGUUUUAAAUUUGCGAUUUGCCCUGACCUUCGAACAAGGAAACAUGCCCUUACCCAAUAUUGUUUUUUUUUUUUUAAAUCGUUUUCAUAAAUUUGAAGAAGUGAUUAUCCCUUCAAGGAGAGAAAAUGGUAAUUUUAUAAUGCUCUCUCUAUUAUAUUACAGCCAAAAGUGGAUAACGUACACAAAACGGGAGGCUAGAAAAUCUUCCAAAUGUGAAUAGAUGGAAGAUAGAAAUUAAGCAUCUCGUCUUUCCUUCUGCCACUGAGAAAAGAGGGAAGAGAUGAUUGCCCUCAAAGCCAUUCAAGCCUCCUUUACCCCCAGUAAGCAUGCCCUUUUCCAUGCAAGAAGAUUCGCAUGCACAAAGAAUUCCAUCCUGCGUCUCAGUAAGUCCAACGAUUCCGAGUCUGAUUCUGAUCCCGAAUCCUCAUCACCCGAAGGAGACACUCGUAAGCAAGAGCUGCUUGCACAAAUAGCAAUGCUACAGGCUCAAAAAGUUCGUCUCACUGACUACUUGGAUGAAAGAGCUGCUUAUCUCACCCAAUUUGCUGAAGAAGCCAAUGCUGAGUUUGAUAAAGUUGGAGAAGACGCUCUGAAAGGACUUGAAGAAGCCAGUGAAAGGAUAAUGAAGAACAUUGAGAGCCAAAUGCAAGCCUUUGAAGAAUCCCAAGAAUUGAACAGAGAGGAGAUUGAGAAGAAUGAAAACCAGUUAGCGCGGUUCGAAGGCCAAAUUGAGAAAGAUAGGAAUGAAGGGUUGUUCUUUAAGAACCUGACAGAGAGAAAGCCUAUAAACAAGGCAAAAGCAAAGGAAGAAGUGGAGAAGAUUAAAGAGAUUACCAAAGAAGAGGUUGGGUCAAAAACAAGGAGGAACAUUUACCUUGCUCUAAUUGCAGUGCUAGUCUUUGAAAUUGCAGACUCUUUCAUCUCUUCAUCUGAUUGGAGAAAAGUUGCAGUUCUUGGAGCUAUUUUAGUUGCUUUAUUUCCUCAGUUCAUCUAUGAACAGACAUUGUUAUCAGAAGCAGAAAAAACAGAAAAGAAAGAUGAAAACAAUAAGUAAAGGCUCUUCUUACGUGUAAUCUAACAAACUUCUGCUGUAAAGCUGUUAUCCAUAAUUAAUUACGCAUAUAUGGCAUGACCCACAAGUAAUAACUUAAUGCUUGGGUUUGAUACAUCGGGCAACUUUUCUUUUGCAUCAUCAACAUCUGAUCUUAGUGAUAUAGCUGCAAUCACCAAAACCAAUGUGAGGUUCCAAAUCUUAUGCUUUAUUAUUUUUUUUUUCUCACUCAUUGUACUGGAAAAACAACAGAUUUGAAUAUCCAAUGGGGAAGACUAAGCUUUGGUCAAAUAGGUGAGUGUGGUUUUACGUCAAGAUAUCUAUCUCUAAAGAAUAUAAAUCUAGCCUGCAAGAAUUGACAUGUUAAAAGAUAAUUGGUUAACAGUUGGGGAGGGCAACGAAGGAUAAACAAGAGAGGAAGAACAAAAGCCAUUUAUAGGAAUUUGACUUUUAGCCUUUAGAUGGUCAUGCAUCCAUACUUUGAAAGAAUUUUCCUGGCAUAAACGAUCCUGUCAUGCACUUCUAGUAACUCCUUCAAAUGACAAAUAUACCAGCUCUAGAUCCCAGAACUUGUAAAGAAAUCAGGAUCUCUUAAAGUAAUAACAUCAACCAUUGCCCCACGUUCAACCAUCUCUUUAUAAACUGUCUCAGCACCAUCAACAUUCCCUGCCUCACCCAAUCCCUGUAUCAUACUUACUAUAAGUAAACAAAGCCUUCUCUCUUACAUUCUUCUUCAACCUCUCCCGUAUCCUCAAACACUCAAACUUGCCACAUUUACACAAACCAUUAAUCAUAACAUUAUAGGUAGCCGAUUUCAAUAAGUCUAAGUG